GGAGACCACGUGACCAAAAACACUUCCUCUAAAUGGAAGGCCUACUUCACUCUCUCUGUCUUUCUACUUUUGUAAUCUGUGACUGAUAGAGGGAUGGCGGGGAUGAGAAUCACCGAUGUACAGAGCACCCCUGGGAAGCAGCCACCUCUGAUUCUGCCCCCCCAGCUGAUUGGAGGCUCGCUGGGUGCCGUGCAGAUGCGCAUUAAGAGUUCCCAGAGCUCCGGGGAUCGGCUGAGCCAGUCCAAGUCCAUGGUACUGGCGGAUUCGGACCUAUCUCAGAAACCCAUUUCUCGCCACCGGAGGAAUCAGUCCCAGCAUAGCGCCGGUGGUGUCGGAGUCUCGCAGAGCUCAGUCGAACUGAAGGGCGAAUAUUUGAAUAAAGCCAAAAUAUCAGAGGGAGGUAAAAAGCUGAGGAAGAACUGGACCUCCACGUGGGUAGUGCUGGAUGGAGAUCGGCUCCUUUUUUAUAAAGAGAGCAAGCAAGAGGCUUUAGCAAAUUUGAAACCGGGAUGCAAGGCGGACAGCGUGGACCUCUGCGGCGCUGUUGUUGAGUGGACAUCUGAGAAGUCCAGCAGAAAAAAUGUGCUUCAGAUCACAACAAACCUAGGAGGGGAAUACCUUCUUCAAGCUGAUAACUACUCCACAAUUAGUAAAUGGUACGACGCCAUCACGAAGACAGUCAAUUCCUCGUCUAGAAGGGAUGGAGGGGUCGUCCCAGGGCUCAGGAGGUCAAAUAGCACAGAGUACCUGCCAAGACACAGCUCCCUGCCAGGAUAUGGAGCAGCCUCCCCCAGCUCAAAGCAACGCAACCCUGGAUACCGGCGCUCCCUCAAUAUGUUUCCAAGCUCCAAGCUGAAACACAGUGUCUCAGACAGUGCAGACAAAAGUGGGGUAAAAAACAGGCUGAAGAAGUUCAUCAUCAGACGGCCAUCUAUGAAGACCUUACAGGAGAAAGGCAUCAUCAAAGAUCGAGUGUUUGGGUGCCACUUGUUGACGCUUUGUGAACGCGAAGGAACCACCGUGCCAAAGUUUGUUAAGCUCUGUUUGGAAAAUGUGGAAAAAAGAGGCCUGGAAGCUGAUGGCAUCUACAGAGUCAGUGGCAAUCUGUCCACCAUCCAGAGACUGAGGUUCAUUGUCGAUCAAGAGGAGGAGCUUAACUUGGACAGCAGCCAGUGGGAGGACGUCCACGUUGUCACCGGCGCACUCAAGAUGUUUUUCCGCGAGCUGCCAGAGCCGCUGUUUCCCUUCAGAUUCUUUGAGCUGUUUGUUGCAGCUAUAAAAAUAAAGGAUUCCAAGGAGAAGGUGCACGCCAUGAAGAAGUUGGUCCACCAGCUGCCCAAGCCCAACCGAGACACCAUAAGACACCUCUUCACCCACCUGCAGAAAGUCCUGGCCAGUGCAACUAAAAACCUGAUGUCGACCCAGGGAAUCAGCAUCGUCUUUGGCCCGACUCUAAUGUGGCCUGAACUGGACUCGGGGAACAUGGCGGUCAACAUGGUGUACCAGAAUCAGAUCGUGGAGUUUAUUCUCAUCGAGAGUCGAGAGAUCUUCGACCUUAACGAGGACUGAGAGUUCUGUGUGAGCCGAAGGGCGACCCCGUCUUUCAGACUUAAAUAGACUUCUUUCAGACUGUGUAUGUAGGUGAUACAGUACAAAGAACAGGACGGAACUAAGUAUCAUAGCGUAUACUGAAGAAGUACUUUCUCUUCAUGCCCGUUUUAAGCAAGUCUGAGUAAGUACUUGUCAAGAAAAGUACUUGAAAGAGUUGCUUCAUUAAAAUGCUCUUUCUGAGCUUUGGAGCACAAAUUAUUGAGAUUUUAUGAUUUAUUUUUUUUUAAGUUGAGCACUGAAAAAUAAUGCAUUGCUUGUUUUGGAGUGGAUUAUGCAAAUAAUUGGAUGAUUGUUGUGUUGUACAGUAUUAUUGUCCAAUUAGUUAUUGGACAUUUCCUGUUUGAUUAAUACCAUACCAUUUGAAUACAGGGGGUCGCAUCCAGAGUGACUCUUUUCAUACUGAUUCCCAUUUAUAAAAGAAACUCUUAAAAGUAGAGCUCACUUUUAAAUAAGCCCAGGUUUUAAAGUAUAACCUAAAAUAAAAGUAUUGAAAAACACAGUGAUUCAAAUAGUUGUAAUUGGCUACCUCCCAU